GCCAUCCGCGCUGCCGGGGCCCGGGACCGAGGGGCUCGGGGGUGGAGGGACACUCCGGGCGAUGUGGAGUCGCGCCCCGAAGCCUGGGGCGUGUGGCGGCGGUGGGUGAGGGGUGUGCCCGGCCCGUGGUGACUUGGUGCGUGCCCGCGUUCGAGAGGCCUUCCCGGCCCGCAGCCAGGCCUGGCGAGGGGUCGAGCGGUGUGCCUGGCGCCUUUGUCAGGUUCUUCAGCAAGUUUGGAUGGUUGUUUUUCUUGCCUAAGGGAUCUGCGUGCUGUGCCAGCGCUGCGGGCCGGAGCUGCCUUAGAGGCCGUGAAGGAUGCUGAGUUGCGACUUGGCAAACUGAAACAUGACUGAUACAGAUGAAUCCCAGGCUUCUGGCUCUGAUUACCCUGAUGCCCAAGAGCUGAUCAGCCAUCAGCAGAAGGAGCCAUCUGAGGUGUAUUCCUGGCAAAGGAAUACAGGAACAGAGCGUUCAUGGUCAAGGCAGAAAGCGGCUGCUCCUGGGGAGUCUUCAGAUCAUCCUGACAGCGUGUGUAAAUCAUCAGCAGCUUCAGCUGAGGUUUUACUGAUUAGCAGUGAUUCAGAAAUUGAUGUCUCUGCUGCUCAUCCUGAGUGCUCCGUUGCUUCAAAGCAGAAAAGAUCUCAAUCUUCAAGGCUGCAAGUUGAAUCUGUUACAGGAGUACCUGACAAUGAAAGUUCCUCAGAUUCUUCUGUGUCUCCCCAAAGUCCAGGGAAAUCAUUGGAAGUUCCCAAGCAGCAGAAGUCAAAACUCAAUUUGAAGGCCAUUUUUGCCUAUCACUUCAGGGGAAGGAAGUUCAAAGCAGCUGCACACCGAAAAUUCAAAAUUCGCACACAGAAGAAAAAAAAGAAGAAAAAGUAUGAGAGCACACAGAUGCCCACGGGGAGGCCCCCACUCACAGCCUCACCUCAGGAGCAAAAGAGGAGGCUUCUAGACAGAGGGUUUCAAUUCCCUUUUGUUGAAAAACAUUAUGGGGAGAAACAUAUUCCCUUAAAGAUGGUUCUUGGCUAUGAGCAAGCAGCUGCAAAGGGAUAUUUCAAGUAUAUUGAAGUGCUUAAAUAUGAAGACCAUCUUAAAAAAGCUUUAAAAGCCCUUCAGGCCAGUGACGACUUAGAAAAAGAAUGUGUGGUGUUUCGGAAACACAAAUACUUAGAUGAUGAGGGUCCCAUUUCCCCUAUUCAGGAGACAGAUGGUGAUGAGGACAACUUGAAUUCUGAUCCUCAGGAACAGUUUGAUGCCAGAAUAGUGGAGAACAGCUCUUUCAUUCUAAGUAGCACAAUUCCCAGUAGAAAAAAGCCAAAGCCAGGAAGAAAACAUGCAGAACCACAGGAAGUGAUUGAAAUAGUGGAUGAAGAAGAUGGUGCUGGAGAGAACUCAGUGCCUCUGCAAGGCUCAGCUCCAUGAGAGGCAGAUGGAGAAAAGAGGAGGCAGUGGUCAUUCUUCAGAUACCUCUUUAAUGGGCCUGCUUGGUUUAAAAGAUCGGUCUGGAGUCUGUGUUGAGCUCUCCACUAAGCUGCCCUAGGCACAUUUGACUUACUUUAAUGUUGCUUUUGGAAGAUGAAAUACCUCAUGGUUUUUUUGCUGCACAAGGGCAACUUUAUCUGAUACGGUUUGGACAACACUGCCAGGAAUUUUCUCUGCUGAAGAUGUUGAAGAACUACUUUAUCUUCAGUGUCUUUGUGGUGUUUCACCCACACUUUCUGUACCAGGGUGUAUCAUACCAGCUGCAGCUUCUGGUGGCUUCCCUGUGGUAAAAUUCCAUGUUAAUUCAUACCCCUUGCAAGCAAGAACAGGAGGGACAGCAGAGAGCAGCUGUUAGUCUUGCAUAUGGCUGUGAAAGCUUCUUACUGUAGGAUGUUGCCAAGUUUGCAUGGUUUGGGACAGUGUAGGAAAUAGCAUGGAAGAAAGCACCUUGUAAAAAUACAGCGUGGGAAACACUGAGCUGAGGGUGGGCAAGUGAAACCUUACAAGAACAUUCUUGAGUAAGAGGAUAGGAACAGAUCUCUCACUUGGCCAUUGCUGUAGGCAACUGCACUGGGAGGUACGUCAGGCUGGCACAGUGUAUGUGAUUCUGAACUCCUCACCACAAUUACCUUGGUCCAAGCUACCUGUCUAGAACUGGAGAGUGUGGUCACUGUCAGCUGCUUCUACUGCUAACAAAUGAACGAACACUGCAUCAGCAGCAGUUGUAACUUCUUUGGGGAUCUCUUGAAUUCUUACAGCUGUUUGCUGACCUGAUUCACAAAUCCAUUAUUUCAGUGGACAUCUGUGCAACAUAGUAGCAAAAGAGGGACAUUCCUGUGAUGGGUGGAACAGAUUGGAAAGCCUCUACUCAGGUGAACCGCACCUGAAGUCCAGUCUGAAGUGGCAUCUUGGUACUCAGAGAAAGUGAAGGAAGAAAUGUAGGAUGCCAUUUCACAGAAGUCUGAAGCUGCUUCAAGGGUUAGUGUGACAUCUGAAAUUCUGCCUGUACCUUAAUGACUGAGGGGCUCUAGUUGGCCAGAAGUCUCUCAGACCAAGCUUACUGAUUUGUGAAGGUUUCAGGGACUGUUUUCAACAUUACACUACUAUACCUUUAUGGAUCAUUCAUUCUGUUAAGGGAAGAAUUUACUGUAACUUAAGUUUGCCCAAAGAAUGUUCAUGUAAAUUCCUCAGUCAAAAAUGAGGUGAACAGGUUAACUGCUUAAACUGAUAGUUUUUUGUUGACCAGUAGUUCAUUUCCUACACUUAGUAGGAAAUCUACAGGGAAGAUUCUGCAAGUUCUGUAGUUAGUUCCCUUUGAUGUUUGCUUCUCAGGUAGCUUGUAAUUGAAAACUUGCUAAUAUGAAGGAGGUGCUAGUGUAUAAUUUACCCUCUUCCUUCCCCAAAAAAUCUUGAAACAACAUAAAAUGACAGUUAGUGGGAUCUGUACCAGAUAACUUUCCAGUCUGCUUGAUUUUUGUCUCUUGUGUUAAUUUAUAGUACCAGAAGUGUUGAGGUCUAUCCCGAUGGGAUCUUUUCUGUAGGUUCAUGUCGUUGGAAACGCCUCACAGAAUAAACUUGUGGUUUGCCUUUACCCACUUAACUACCUGUUAGCUCUGUGGGGUAAAACUGCAAGACAAAUCUUAAAUCCAAAGAUUGUGGGGAUGCCCAGUGUUCUCCAUUAGGUGUACUGGAACAUGCUUGGAAUACAAAACAAAAAGUGAUUCAAGUGGAAAAGCUUGGUUGGAGUCAAAAGUCACCAUGUUCUGGGACUUCAGGUGCCUGAGGAUACAGAACAAGGUGAACUGCCCUGAGUUUAAAAAAUGGAAGCAACCUAUUUGACAGGGUCUGCUGCCAAGUUGCUGCAUGUCAGGGAUGAGAAACAGCUCGUGGAAGCUACCAAAGUGAGAGUGAAGAUCCUGGUGAUGUUGCUGCAAGCCUGCUGCAAAGAACUGCACAGCUGUUACAAAUAAAGAAUCUUCUCUAGAGUAUAUUG